UUUGUCAGAAUCAUUUCGGACUGUUGAAAAAAGUUGCACCAGUAAGAGCUCUGGUCAAAACUAUUCGAGUAAUAAAGAUUCUCAAAGUCAGAUAGAUGAGGAAACUUUACCUGUGACUUCAAAGAGCGAAAUUGAAGAACAAUUGAGUAAUAUUCCUGUUUGGAAAAAUACAAAUAUGCAACAAUCAGAACAUAAAAAUGUAAAGAGGCCCCGCUCACAAUCGGCCCCGGAAUAUUGGAUACUUGAACGUGUUAAAAGCGAGAAUACCAAUAGUUCUUAUAAAUCAGCUAUUAGCAAGCACACAGCGUCGCUUUUCUCUAGAAAUCCUAGAAAAAGUCCUGAAAAUGUACUUGUACUUCAGGACGAAACCUGCGAAAGCGAAACUGAUGAAUAUGAAAUGGGUGGCUACACUUUUUGCGAAAUGGGAAAUGAUUGCAAGGAAACCUCACAAACUACUUGUUCUGAAUGUAAAACUGCAGAUUAUAGUAUAAAUGCCAAUAUAUUAAAAGAACUCAAAAAUCAAGAAGAAUCUUUAAAUUCUACCCAAGCACAGGAUGCAAAUUGUAUCCCAAUAGAUGUGAUGUGGACACAGCAGGAGCAAAUAAGAAUAAGUCCACCCAUAGUACUGGUGCCUUUUCGUGUUAAUAGCCAGGAAAUGGUAGGCGUUUCCGAACUGAAAGAGUGGGAAAACCUACAGCUAAAUUUAACUAUGUUAAAUUCUAACCAAUUGCAAAUGGCGACAGAAACUACAAAAAGAAUUUUAACCAGGAAUCAACCAAACCAGAAUACUCCACCAAGUCGAGGGAAUGGUGGCCAUGUUUACGUUAACCAAGAGGAAAAGCCAAUGAAUUCAAAUUUGAGUACUUCUGUUGUCCAGCCUCACAGUAAAUAUGAACAAAGUUCUUAUUGUACUUGGACUGAUGUUCCUAUGAGUGAAAGGCAUGAACCAAAUGAGGAAUCUAGUCCUUCACAUACCAGACAGAAACCAACGGAAUCGGAAAUAGACCAAACAUUUCACAGGAUUCCCGAAGAUAGAUCAAUUUCUUCAACUCGCUAUGGACCUUCAUUUAACACCAAACAUCAAAGAUCUAAAAAGGACAAAUAUACAAGUGAAAGUCGUUCGUCUUAUCGACAACCUCAAGGCAAUCAAGAGACAUAUUUCGAACAACCUAGUUCUCAUAGUCAAUCGGUUUACAAUUAUGAUAGAGACAACCAAGAUCUUCACCCCAGGGUACACAAUUCUGCAAGGUAUCCUACAACCCAAUCAAAUACUACCGGCUUAACAUGGAUAAAACCCGAUGGAAAUUCCGAGUUCGUAGCUCGAUCCAAUGCCACGAUGAGUUCGACUGAGGUUGAAACCCUGAUGCAACCACGAAAACUGCGCAGCAAGAAAAGUACGGAUAUUAAAAGCCGAGAAACUCCUAUUGAGAACUCAGUUCUCCUUGAGACAAAAACGCCUUGCAAUAGAGAAAAUCUCAUUGAAACUUGUGGACAACCUCCCAGUUACUUCCGUUCUCAGCAAUAUACGGGACUUCCCCCGAAUCUCCAGCAUGGAUUUGUGGUAUCACAGCAAACAGUUCAGUCGCUACCACCCCAGGUUUCUAUGAGUGCUCCACAAAAUACUGGUGAAAAUUACAUAAUAGAUCCACGAGAUCAAUUGAGAACUGUAAAGUCACCAGUUUUAGCACCAGUUAUGCAGAGUUCUUUUCAGCCGCAUCCAGGGCAGACUGCGAAUCCUUACCAGCAAAUAAUCCGCAUUUAUCAGCCUGUUCAGGGUCCAUGUUAUCCUGCAGGUUUAAAUUCUAACCAUUCUGGCUGUCAAUCAUUAACAGAGAACAUUAAACUUCUUCCGCCGGGAUUCUAUGAUCAAACCGUUAGAAAGUAUAAUAUCACGCAUGGACUCAAACUUUCAACCGCCUUCUUUGCGACCCGAAAUUCUUCAUUCGUUACAGGCUCACCAGCAGUGUUUUAGCGGACUCCCAGCUUAUCCUUAUAGCAAUCAAUUUCAACAGCAAUUUGUAAUGAAUACAGUUCCAUCCCCCAAUCAACAAUUUACAUUGAUGCAGAACCAGUAUCAAGUU